UCUUGGACCACGAGCAGUCACAGAAAUACCUACUCUUAUAGGGAUCAUACUAGAGGGACCAGCCCCAAUGUCGAUGUCACAGAUCACCCCUACCCUCUUCCUGAGUGGAGCUGAUGCCCCCCUCAACCGGGCACUUGUGUCUCGCAAGGGCAUAACCCUCAUUGUCAAUGCCACCCUCAACCACGCUUGCCCCAUCUACCCGGGCGUUGAAUGUGUUCGCGUUCCUGUCUCCGACCUGCCCAGCGCCCGCCUGGGUGACCACUUCGAACGGGUGGCAGAGCGUAUCCACAGCAACCACGCAGGGGGCACCCUCGUGCACUGCGCAGCGGGCAUGAGCCGCUCUCCUGCUCUGGUCAUGGCCUAUCUAAUGCGUUACAGGGGUACGACCCUCAGCCAGGCCCACUCCUGGGUUCAGAGGAGUAGGCCGUAUGUCAGGCUCAACGCAGGCUUUUGGGACCAGCUGUUGCAGUACGAGAGGAGACUCUAUGGGAAAAACACAGUCAAAGUAGCACCUGCGAUGGAACCACAGUCUCCCCUGCCACCACGGGCGCCUUUGUCACGGCUGGCUGCCGUACCCAGGUCACCACUGUUGCCUAGGACACCACUGUUGCCCAGGACACCACUUUUGCCACAGAGAACAAAAAAGGGAAUGAGACGCUCAAGGAUUUGACUGAAGAUGUUUACCACACAUGUAAUUACAGUUUUUUUUAUCUAGGCUGAGUAUUACAACAAUGCUCAGGUUUUGAUGGUAAUAUAACAAUGUAUUGUCAAGGCACCUGUAUAACCUAGUAGUAUUGCCUGAGAGACCAUGCUUUAGCUUAUUAAAGUGUUAUGUAGUUCAAACACAUAAGCAAUAAGUAUGAGAUAGAUGUUUACAUUUUUGUUUCAGUCCAACUGCUUUAAUCUAACACAUUAUUUGACCAAUGGACUACAUAAAGUUGACAUAAGAAUUGAGUAGAUUUUUAUUCUUGAUGACAGUACGUUUAGCAAGCUGUAGGGGGCAAUAUGACCAAAAUGUGGACGAUGUUUUGGUUACUGGAUUUAUGGAAAACAAAAACAGACUUUCGUGUCAAUUAACUUAGGAAUGGAUGAAUGAACAAUAUCAACAAGUGAAUUAUCAUGAGUUUAAUUGGCUACUUAUAUACAGUCUUACUCCAUCAAGCACCCCAAAUGUUCUGAUGAUGAAUUUGUAAACUUUUGCCCUCAUUCCUCCAUCUCCUUACUGCUAAAACAAAUUCACAUUGAUUCAGUACAAUGUGUACAAAAUCUAUAAUUGUGUGUGUGUGUGUGCGUUUGUGUGUUUUCAUAGCAUAUGUCUCCAUGUCUGAUUAUAGUGAGACAUUGCUUUCAGCAAGCCCAUCAUGGAGUAAGUACUCCUACCAUUAUGAGGUGCUCAUUUUUCUUUCGGCACAUUGCUUGACAGCUAGCACGCCUUGUACGGUAAGGCAGACUUUCUGCGAACCAGACAUAAGAAAUAUCCUUGGAAGGUAUAGUGUGUUUGUGGCUCUUUGCCAAGCAUGAGGCGCCACUUUACGAGAAUGAUCUCAUCCAAAUCCAUCGUAUUCAUCGUACUUUGUGUGUGUCUGUGUGUGCGUUAGUCCACAGAUUGAGUGAGUCCCACUGCAACGACAGCUGUACAUUGUGUCUAUGCUUUAAGUUUCACUUUUAAAGAUGUUUUUUUAGUAUCUAUUCAAAUAAACAUUUAUUAAAAGGUUUUAUUUUAA